AUAAUGCUUCGCGCAGGGUUCGCUCGCGAAGUAGGCUUAUUAUGGCACCGCAUCAACAUCUUUGUAACUAUUAUAUACCGACAGUCUCCUUGCCCUUGUCUCCCACUGAACACCCUGCAUUGGGGCAACAUAGGUCAUGGAACACACAGCAGUAAGCCUCCCACAAUACCCGCACCAAUAUAUCGACAUGCUGCCCCAUCUGGACCUUGGCCAUGGAUGGACCUCGAGUCGGACAUUGCUUUAGAAACGGAACUUGUUCCCUCACCAAGACAGUCGGUGGAACGAUGGAAAUGGAGGGGAUAUCCUCAAAACCUGUUCGGGAACUGGGCCGCCGAUCGAGUUGCACGGUCUAAGCUGGUUGAAAAUUGUUCCAGGGAGCCUCGAGAAAAAUGUAGAAUCUAUUAUGUCGAUGUACUUGAAUCUGGAGACUUCAAGUCGACCAGCGACACCGAUCCACCUAUCGAGGUUGAUGAAAGCGCCUUAAGUCAGCUUUGGGAUCAGUUGCAGAUAGAGCCAACAGGUCUUCGUCUCCGGGUGUUGCUCGUGGACAACAUGAAACAUCCCGUACUUCAGAUGCUGGGAACGAGGUAUAACAUCGAACCGUGCUUUUUCUCGUCAUCGUUAAACUGGAUCCCUUCUCGAUACCAAGAAGAAGUUGCCAAGAAAAAAGAAGAUCACAUUACGGUAACGCUACUUUUUCUACGCACGGCACCAUGGGACAAGCCCGCGGCGCCCUCGCAAAAUGAGCGCGUUUCCUGCGGUGAAAAAGCUACAGACACGCAGGAGUCGCUCCGUCUUCGCUCCGUCCACUCCGAGUCGCUAGCAGAAAAGUACCUUCUUCAAGACCUGCUCGCUCUACACAUGAUAAGAUCAUCCGACCCCAGUGGUAGUACUAUUAUAUCUUACCACCCAAGUGCUCAGUGGAAUAGGACAACCGCAGAGCGACUGAAAAAUCUAGUCCACAAAGUGGGAGAGAGCGUGUAUUGGCAGAAGAUAUUCGAACAGUCUAAGGAUCCAACAUUCUUCUUCUUGGCUAUCCUUUGGUAUGCGCUUUAUGCCUGGGACGAAUCUCUGGACCAUCUGUACACCCACACGAACUGGCUGGAAACAAAUGGACUAUCGACAAAUGAUAACAACCUCACGACUGAGUUGCACACUAUCCAGGCUCAGCUCCUCCAUUAUGCUUCACUUCUCGAGGAUUUCCGUAAAUCUGUGACCUUCGUCAGGAACACGCCAAGUCCCGUUCUGGAGUCCUCUAAAUUCACUGACCAGGCAAGAAGGGACACGAAUAAACUGAUGCGCAAGGAAUGCGAUAACCUCCUUUCGGAAAUUGACAGGCUAGGUUUCCAAUUGAAAAAUAUCACUGAGCUUGCUAGAGCGACCGUGAACUUCGUUGAUAGUCGACGGAUGCAAGAUUUGACGAUAGCAACGGUCCGUGAUUCGGCCGCUAUGAAACAGAUUUCCUACCUGACAAUGAUUUUCCUCCCUGCCAGCUUCGUUGCGGGAGUAUUUGGUAUGAAUGUCAAGGAAAUUACCAGUGAUUCCACGGAAACCAUAUACCAUUACGCGGUGACUUCCGUCGUGUUUACUGUGCUUACUGCAUGGCUCGUAGUUGCGUUUCAGUCUCACUCUUCGUUGCACGAGCCAGGAUCUGGAUUUUGGCAGCGUCUUGCAUGGCCAUUUUCAUAUGUCAUAAGACACAUACUGCGGUUGCUCAGAAGCCAGCCUGGUGAACUUCCGUAGGCAGGAAUCUUUUGGUUUCGUCAUCUAUAUCAGCUUACAUUGCAGUACAAUAAUGGGACAAAUUGCUUUUUAGACGUAGAAUCGUGGACUUAUUCUUGGAUCCUUUAACGUUACUUGCAUGUGCUACAAGUUACUAUAUGUACUUAGAUGAACCCAGUCUCCUCGGCCCUGGAUUUGAACGCUGACGUCGAACUACGUACAGCGCUACACCCUGCAACGUUGAUGGUACUGAUUAGUAUUAGUAUUAGGUUCGUCCGAAGUCCUUCGGCGCAAUAGCAUCUCGGUUCUCUGGUACUCGGAACAAUGCAUGACACAGGUACUUGCAAAGCG